AUGUUAAGAGAAAAAGUGUUGUUCAAGGUUGAGCAAAUGCAAAAAAAGUAAAGAGAAGAAAUGUUUUAAGUUUAUUUAUUGAUACAUAUUUUAUAGCUAAAAAGAAGAUUCAAUCAACCAAUUCAAUAAGUCUUAGAUGAAAUCAAAGAGGAUAAAAGUCUAAUUAUUGAUUUACUAUAUAGUAAUCAUAAGUUGACUGAAAAAUAGUAUAAAUGAAAUGUAUUUAGACCAAAUUAUGGAAUUAUUGAUUGUUUACUUAAUAAUUGCAAUUCAAAUAAAGCGUGUCUAUAAUUAUUAAUCCUAAUUAUUUUGAGGUUUAAAUAAAAAUCAAUUAAUAAUUAGAGAUAAGAAUUAAGUAGUUUCGGAGUACCUUCAAGAUAAAGAAAUCAAAUGUUAAAUUAUUAAAUAAAUUAUACCAAAGAAAGUUGAUUGA